UACUCGCUAACCAUGGCAAGAACCAAGCAGACCGCUCGUAAAUCCACCGGAGGAAAGGCUCCCAGGAAGCAGCUGGCCACCAAGGCUGCUCGUAAGAGCGCCCCGGCCACCGGCGGCGUGAAGAAACCUCACCGUUACAGGCCCGGUACCGUGGCUCUGAGAGAGAUCCGCCGCUACCAGAAGUCCACCGAGCUGCUGAUCCGCAAGCUGCCCUUCCAGCGCCUGGUGAGGGAGAUCGCCCAGGACUUCAAGACCGACCUGCGCUUCCAGAGCUCCGCCGUCAUGGCUCUGCAGGAGUCCAGCGAGGCCUAUUUGGUCGGGCUGUUCGAAGACACCAACUUGUGUGCCAUCCACGCCAAGAGGGUCACCAUCAUGCCCAAAGACAUCCAGCUGGCCCGCCGCAUCCGCGGGGAGAGGGCUUAAACUGACCUGAGACCAGGACACCCAAACACAACGGCUCUUUUAAGAGCCACACAAACACACUUACAGAGCAGAACGUCCGAAAUACAUGUGUGGAUAUACUUCAUAAACUGAUUGGCCCAUGCUAUAAAGGGGACAAAGUAACACAUGAUAACAUAUAGUAUAUAAACGCCUACAAUGUUGAUCCAUAUUGCUACUACCACUGUGUUGUAAUGCAGGCUCUAGUGGUUUGUUGAGAAAAAGCCCAUACAAACAACUAAUCUGAUAUAUAAUUUUGGUCUUUAAAAACUUGUUUAUAAUGAUUUAUUCUGAGAUAUAUGUAUAUGUACCCAUUUAUGGGUGUAUAUAUAUUUAAAGCAACAUAUCAGGUGUACACACUAGUGUUUGAACAUUAUAGUCGAUAAUGGUGUAUACAUCGAGUGGACACUGCAGUGUGUCAUUUCAUAAGACACUUGCAUCUAACUGUGGGAUGUCUAAAAUACAGUUUAUUACUAUUUAGAUGCUUAUCUAAUCUUGAAAUAGUGCUGUAUAAUAGUUUGUGCCAUGUAUGUUUUAGAGCGACUACACUCCUAACGGUAUAAUAUACAAUGGUCACAUUAAAGAACUGCUAAUUGGCUAAGAGAUAAUAACAUCAUUAAUAUAUGUACCUAGAUGUACCUAAUUUCUUAAAAUGCUAAUACAAAAUAAAUA